AUGAAGUUGGUUCUAUUUAGUGUUUUCAUAACUUUAAGUUCAGUUUUGGCAAUAGAAUUAGAAAAAGAGUCUGCGGACAUAAUUAUUGAUCAAAGUACAAAUGAUGGUGAAGUUAAUUUAAGUGUUUCGGAAAGUGUGGGCGAAGAAGUCAAUUCAGGGGAUCAGGAAGAUGGUCGAAGUAUUGAUGAAACGAUUUAUGCUCAUCAUGAGAAUCAGCAUAAAGUCUUUGAGAAAAAGGCUAAACCUUUAAGGAACAUCUUCUUGGGGAUAUACAAAAACUACAAGAGUACAUAUUUGGGAAAUAGGACUUCUUCGCAAUAUCGGGAAUUGCUGAAAGAUCGUCACGCGGUGGCAACAACAACUACCGAAGAGACUCCAACGACAGUUGAAAGCAGCCAAAAGCUUCGCAAGAAGAAAAAGAAAAGGCGCAAGAAUAAGAAGAAGCGAGCUGGAGCCACUUCUGGUGAGGAUCCUUUAAUCUACAGUCAUGAUGAGGAAUAUCGAUAUAAUUUCGGAACUGGAGUCAAUAUGAGUUUGGACAUGAAAAACGAUCUUGUGAGUUUGAAUCUUAACGAGGAAUGCUUGAAGGAUAUUUUAUUAGGACGAUGGAAUGAACCUGCAGUUGAAGGUCGUGGUAAAAAAUAUGAAAUGGUUUCAAAAAUUCUUCCUCUAUUCAUAAUUCCCUUUCUCAUACAAUCGGCAAUUAUUCCAUUUUUGGUAACCAAAUUGAAAUUGUUGCUGAUUAAAUCGAUUUUGGUUGGCAAAUUGGCAAUAUUCCUUUUAGUGAUUUCAGCACUAAAAAAUAAUAGUAAAAAUGCACCUACUUAUGAGGUAGCUCCAUCGUAUUGGGCAGGAGAACCGAGUAGACGAUCGGAAGCAUAUAAUGGAUAUCGUGUUGAAGGGAGACCGAGUACUUUAAUUAACUAA